AGUACUUUCUAUAGUCACUGUCAGCUGUCAACAAUUGCUUUUCGAGGUUAUGUUUUGAAAUUGAACUUUUGUUUGAAGAGGAAGAGUUAAAGACAUUCUGCUUAUUUAUUCCGUGUUUUUCUGAAACACAACGUGAAGUUCGCUUUUAUUUAUCACGAUUGACGUGAUAAGAAAAUCUCGUUUUACUUUAUCCUUUGCGCGACAUCCAUAUUAGAAAAAGAAGUUGGUACUAUUGUGAACUAUAACAGUGGCAUUACUGUGCUGUGCAAUCUAAAAAUCCAAAACAGUAAAGAAAUUUUAUUAACCUGUUAAAAUGGCCAGGAACGCUGAGAAAGCUAUGACUACGCUGGCCCGAUGGCGGGCGGCGCAGGUGCAGGAGGCGGGCGGGCAGCGCGAGCGCCGGCCCUACCUCGCGUCCGAGUGCAACGACCUGCCGCAGGCCGAGAAGUGGAGGCUGCAAAUUGUCAGAGAGAUCGCUAAGAAGGUCGCACAGAUACAAAACGCGGGUCUGGGCGAGUUCCGCAUACGAGACUUGAACGAUGAGAUCAACAAGCUGAUGCGGGAGAAGCGGCACUGGGAGGUCCAGAUCAAGGCGUUGGGAGGCCCGGACCACGCCAGGGUGGGACCCAAGAUGCUGGACCAGGAUGGCAAGGAAGUGCCAGGGAAUCGAGGCUAUAAGUAUUUCGGGGCUGCUAAGGAUUUGCCGGGUGUGCGGGAGUUGUUCUCGCAGGAGCCGCCGCCGCCGCCGCGGCGCACGCGCGCCGACCUCAUGCGCGACGUGGAUGCGGACUACUACGGCUACCGGGACGACGACGAUGGGCUGCUGCUGCCGUUAGAGCGGGACAAGGAGAGAGAAGCAAUAGCCCGCGCUGUUGAGGAGUGGAAGACGAACAAGGAACAGAAUAAAGACCAAGACUUACCAGAAGAAGAGAACAUAUAUCCAGAAGACCCCGACGAUAAGAGAAUAGACGACGAGGAAGAAGAAGAAUCGAGAAGCACAUCGCACGUGGCCGUGCCGUCGCAGAAGGACAUAGAGGAAGCGCUGCUGAGGAGGAAGAAACAAGAGCUGCUAGAUCGAUACGGCUGUUUGGACGUGAAAAUCGAGGGCAGCUGACCUCAGCAAGAAUGACAUUAGUUAAAUAAAGUAAUUUAGUAAGCGCUGUGGUGAUUUUUUAACUAUUAUAGACCGACCAUUUCUCUGA